AUGAAGAGACUCGAUGAAACUUCCAAUAUGAAUGAUGAUAAGUUGUCAAUCAGCGAUUACAUUACAAUAUUUGUUGACACAUAUCUUCCACCAGAUUUAAAUCAUUUGCAAGGUACCGCAGGUCAUAUUGUGGCAUUUGUCUUGAACAUUAUACUCAUUUCAGAGAGAUAUUUAAGUCAUAAAAGAGAAAAUUCCUCACAAAUAUGUUUAAACAACUUGAAAGUAAAAGAAUUGAAAUGUUCAUCCGCUGAACCUUUACAAGAUUGUUUAGAUGAAAUUAAUAUAGAAUGUGAAGAAUACAUGGAUGAAUAUUCUAUAAUAGCAUAUGUUUUGUUGUUAUCAAGUAUUCUGAAUGUAAUAUAUUUGUGGUGGUGGAAUUAUAGAAUUUAUCAUUUCUUUUCUCACAAUCAAGAUGAACCUUUAAAUAUUCCACAUGCUAACCUUUUGUAUUAUGACAAACCAUAUGAAGAAGGUCAAAAAGUUUGGGAAAUUUGCGUAUGGAAUCCAAACAAAUUUUGUCUUAAUUUACUAUGUGGAUUCUCUCCGGUGCAAAUUGGAAUCCUUAUGCUCAUGAACAAGGAUACUCGGAUUUUCAAUAUCAUGUUAGCCGCGUUCUUGGCUUUACAAAUGUACUUCUAUACGGACAAAUUCAUUUCACUUCUUCGGGACAAAGAAAUUAUAUUUAGAGAAGUCCAACAUGAGUAUGAUACGAAAUUUGUGAAACCAAGAAUAUUCCGACAAAAGAAGAAUAUUGAAAUUCAAUCAAUUCCGCAAGAAGAGAUUAUAACUGAAUCGUUGCGUCCCAGACUAGAUGAGAAACGACGUUUUGAGAAAUUUGAUAAUCCAUGGGCAUAA